UCUUGACGAGGGGAGACUUGGAUGAGCGUUUGUUGGCCUGCUGUGAGGAGAAGAGGGAGGAAAAAGGCGUUGAUGAAGAAGCUAUAAAAAUAAAGGAGAUGCACUACUUUCUAAUCAUAUAAGAUGGUCUUGUCAGCAUUUUUCUGAGAUAUUCUGACACUUGAAAACAAGGUUUCUGGACACGUUUUGUGCAGAGAUGCGCCAUUUUACGCGCACCCCCCGUCUUAAAGAACACUUUAUCUCUCUUUAGGUGGAAAAUUCACCUCAUUCAAGAAGUGUGUUCAACCUAAUGUGUGACAGUUCAGCGUCUCUCCUCCUCUCCGGGUUUGCCUCUCUCUGCUCUGACCCUCUCAGCGAUCGAGCACCACCUGUGGCGGGUGAGUCAGCCACCAGCGCAGAUUGACCCCCGCGGCCGUCUUGGGGACAAUGUCAGCCUGAGAGACGGAGCGAUGUUCCACUAAUGAGAGGACACGCUGUCGCUGGAGCUGUCGACGUCCUCGCACAUUAAGCUAACCGCCUGCCCACGCCAGGAUGCAGCGCUCCUCUCUGCACAGCCAGAGAGAUGUUUCCGCCUGUUCGCCAUCGCCGCUCUCUUGACUGGUCCGCGUAGACGCCGAGGCGCCGCCGCCGACUGCUUGUCAAGUUUUCAUCGUCGCUUCCGUCUUGUGACAGCGUGAUACCAAAGGUGUGACUGUCCGCGGGAAGCGCCCGGGGAUCGUUCUGUGGCCACACGCAGUAAUGCGAGCAGAGGGGCUGGAGGCUGGCGGAGACCGGGACUGAGCGGCGGAGAUCUCACGGGCACCGUGCGCGCCUUUCUGGGACACAUCUCGGGGAUAACUGCGGUUGGGCUUCCUCAGCCUGAGCUCUUUUCUUGGCAUUGCGAUGUCUGCAAGAAAGACAUCGUUGACGGACAAGCAGACUAAAAACGGAACGUCAAAAUAUGUGUUGGAGAGAUGCGCUUCUAUUAACGAGUAUUAUGAUAUUGCCUUUAAGGUGAUGCUGCUGGGAGACUCCUCCGUGGGGAAGACGUGCGUCUUGGUGCGCUUUAAAGACGGGGCAUUUCUGGGAGGCAACUUUAUAGCCACCGUUGGAAUAGACUUUAGGAACAAAGUGGUGGAUGUCGACAACCUGAAAGUGAAACUCCAGAUCUGGGAUACAGCCGGCCAGGAGAGAUUCCGCAGCGUAACGCACGCCUACUACAGAGAUGCCCAGGCGUUACUUCUGCUCUAUGAUAUCACCAGCAAGCCAUCAUUUGACAAUAUCAGGGCCUGGUUGACUGAAAUACACGAGUAUGCCCAGAAGGAUGUGGUCAUCAUGUUGCUCGGCAACAAGUCAGACAUGGCUGCAGAGCGGGUCGUGAAGACGGAGGAUGGAGAGAAGCUGGCAAAGGAAUAUGGUGUGCCAUUUAUGGAGACCAGCGCGAAGACAGGAGCCAAUGUGGAGCUGGCCUUUCUCGCUAUAGCAAAGGAGCUGAAGCACAGAGCGACACAGCAGCCCAAUGAGCCUAAGUUCCAGAUACACGACUACAUCGAGUCUCAGAAGCAGAAGUCUGGCUGCUGUGGCCUCAUGUAGCUGAUCCUGAUCACAAGCCAGAGAGAGACAGACAGAAAGAGAGAGGGAGGGAGAGAGGGAGGUAAAAAGGUCUGCUUUCUUACAAAAAAGCCAAUCCCAGCGCCACACCAGAGAAGCGGACGUCCUCGUCUUCUCCGCUGAGCUUUUAGCUGAAUGGAAGUGAAUCUGGAUUGGCUGCCAUCCCUUAUCUGAAAUGUGAAUUUAAAUCUCUUUUAUGUCAUGCGUAGAGAUGUUUGUGGUCUUUGUGGUGACAGUUGUAUCAAACUACAAGUCAGGAGUUACAAUCUGAAAUGCUAUAUCCAUCUGCAGGGACAAAAGCACCAAACUGCAAAACCUAUAUGACCUCGUGGCCGUGCAGUGCAUGAUGCAGACGAUCAGGGGACAGGCGGGACACUGACUGACCACAGCUCAGUGGAGCAUGAACAGCAGCGUAGAGCUGGUAGUUAGAGUGAUUAACCAGCCAUGAGAAGGUACUGUUAAACUCUCUCUGUCUCCGCUGGAAAGACGGGAGUCUGGUGGAGCUUUGAUAGUCCCUAGAAGCACAUGUACGACCCUUUGAGAGAGUCACUGUGUGGGUAGCUGUGUUGUAGUGGGGCUAACAGCUCUACUACGAGAGGCUCUCCGGUCAUAGCCAUGCUUUUUCUAUCUUUUGGCCCUACAUAUCUUGAUAAAAACUAAUUAGCACUGUUAUCUGCAGGCCCGUGUGCUGUGUUUUCUGCCACUACAGAGAAAUCAAUGUUCAUGUAUGACGUCGUUUCUCUGAGCUUAUCGGGCUUGCUUCACUCCCCGCAGCUUCACGUGACAGGCACAGUCUAAGGCACUGAUCAGCCAGCGUCCUGCUUUUUAUACUUUGGUGUGGGCCUUUGCAGGUGGCAAGUUGGCUCGGAGCGUGCACAUUUCUGUUGUUUGUUGCAGUAUUCGCUGAAAUGUCCAGGGGCAACAAAAUAUUCUGUGAAUGAGCAAGAAGCCAACGAGUGCUACUGGAAGUACGUCGUUAUCCAACAUGGCUGCACGUGCUGCCUGGCUGGCAACAGUAGUAAACACUGACAUACCGCCAGAUAUUGCACUUGUGUACUUACUGUCGCUUACCUCCAAGUUGAAGUUGUUCAGUUGAAUUCAGUGUCAUCUAGCUGUGCCUGUGGUCUCUCAAGGAAGGGUCGUAGAGGUGUCUGUAAAGGUGAACCUUCUCAGUCAGUCUACGUGUGCCUAGUUGCGGAGCCUUCAUAUUCAAUGCGAAAGAUGCGAUAAUGUCAUUUUUUGGUGUGCGCACCCUUGCGUUGAACGUAAACCUAGCUUAAGCUGAGUCAAGCAUCAGCACAUGACCCACUGAAAGCCGUGCACCAUAAAUAAAAAAAAAAGUUUGGCGCCAUUCUCAAAACUAAGGCCUUUUCCCUCUCACCGGGGUUUGCAGGCCUGACUCCUGAUCUAUGAUUGUAUGAACAAUCAGUGCGACUGUUUACGUGGAUAUAGCAUUUUGCCAUGCAGCUCUUAGUUUGUUUUCAUCCCAGUUUUACCAGGCUGUGAACUGAAUCCCUUUUGGCCUUCCAGUCUUCAAUAUGAUUCUUUGACAAUUGAGUGUGUUUGAGAAGUGGACUUCAGUCUCACAGUCGGAUUGUAGCUAAAAUGAUCCCGUCUGUUCACAUCUGUACUGCUGUUAGAUAGAAUAAAGCCAAUGUUUUGAGGGCGCUCGCCCACUAUGUGUCUGUCUUUAAAUUCAAUUCAGGGCCAGUGACACUUGCAUUACAUUACAUUCAAAGUACUCUACAUGUAACUUCUGCUGGAGGAUCACACCACUAUUGCACCAUAUUAUUUUACAAAGAGAUUAUUAUCAUUAUGUUCUCUCUUUUUCUUUGGUUAUAGAUUCCUUGGCAUGAGAUUUGCCUUUUACCAUCCACACUCACAGAGAUGCACACAGCACCCCCAAACAUUGUUGUGUCUCCUUUGCUGAUGGACUUUGUUGUCUAGACUGUACCGAAGCUGUAUUUGUUCAUGCACCGCAUCGUGUAACUCGUUUCUUUGUACAAUGUUCAUUCUGAAUGUUUGCUUGUCCAAUUUGCUCGAUGUCACAUUUGUCCCUCUUCUGAGGUGUCACAGUGAUCACAAAGUGCCAUAAAAAAGUGCUUUGUUAUCAUAUUAUAUAUAUAUAAAAUAUAUAUUUUGU